GUUUACGGAACGCAAAACGAACUUCUUUUUUAAUAUUUUAUUUGACCUUAAUGUCGUGACCUGUAUUCCUUAGCAUAUGUGAUUUAUUUUUAAUUUUGUAACGUAAAGCCCGUUUAUGUAAAUAUUGGCACUCCCAGCAAGAUGGAUCCUUGUUUAGUAACUUUACUGUCUUCGUGCUCGCAGAAAUAAGACCCGGUUGGUCGACGGUCUCCUGUGAACAUUGCCGAAUCAAAUAAAAUCAAAUUGUUAUAAUUUUCCCAGAGGCAAUACUGUGGUAUAUUUUAGGCAUUAUUUUAAACUAAUUGGGGUUGGCAAUUCAUUGGAACCUGAGUUCUCCUCAGUGUCUUUGUUGUCAUUAGAAUUUAAUUAAUUCUUGGUCAAAUUUGAAAAUUGAUGACACCACUUUUUUUAGCCACUAUUCAGCGUGUUAAGAGCAGACUUCCAUUUUACACAUUUUAUAAAUGCCUUUUUAAGUGUGUUGAACCACCAUUAGUCUGCCAUGAACAGCAUAAGCCCCUGGAGUAGAGGGGAGUCAUGCCGGGAGUUGAAGGGCAUCCGUCACCGGAGCAUAGCUGGGACGCACACAGCUACAACUCAGCGUAUUCCCUAGACCGCUCUGUUAUGAUGCCGUACCAUCGCUCGAGUGUACAUUCCAAUGGCUACUCACCAGAUGGCCCCCAGAGUAGUGAAGAGGCACCCACGUAUCUCAUGGAGCAUCUGGCAACAUUCACGGUCGCCAAAGAAACUGGUAUCGUCUAUCCUGCCGACGGCAUGCGCAGGCUUCUUCAGCUUGAAAAGUCCAACGGAAUCUGGUCGCAGAAAAUGCAGCUGAGACUUGACAUGUCAUGGGUACUUAUCAUGGAUUACGAAACUGGGGCGGUGAUGGAAAGAUUUCCAGUUGCUCUGAUCCAGGAACCUACAGCGUUUACAAGCCAUGAUCCCAUGGAGAUAUACAACAACAUUCUCGUGUUCAUCGUGGGCGAUGAACGGGCAGAACGUUUAGGCUCGCGUUCUGAAAUGCACAUUUUCCAGUGCCAAAGCAUUUCUGCCCAGGAUUUGGUUGAAGAUCUGAAGUUAUUACGAGCCGGUAAAGCUCCCGCUCGCCGGCGUUCACGUCAUAUCCCCCCUCCUCCUGCCACACCCCCGCCAGAACCUCCAGGAAAUGGAGUUAACGUUCGAGAACAAGUGUCAGUAUUUAACGCAGCUGCUCACCAUCCAGUGCAUUCAGAGAUUGGUCCAGGUACUGGAGUCGUAUUCCCGGCACAUAACCGAGAUGAUGAAGUGAGCUCUACGUCCAGUGAAAAGUACGAACGUGAUGUAACAAUACUGAACCACUGCUUUGAUGACAUCGAGAAAUUCAUUGCGAGAUUGCAGCAUGCAGCCGCUGCGUCAAGGGAGCUGGAACGCAGGCGCAGGAACCGGAAAUCAAAGAAGAAGGAUUUGGGAGAUGGUAUGCUGACUAUGCGAGCUAAGCCACCUCCGGAGUUGGAAUUUAUCGACAUCUUUCAAAAGUUUAAGCUUUCGUUCAACUUGCUGGCAAAGCUGAAGGCUCAUAUCCAUGAUCCAAACGCACCAGAGUUGGUUCACUUUUUAUUCACACCCCUGGCGCUUAUUGUGGACGCGUCGCACGAUACACAUUACGGCCCUAAUCUACCUGCAAAAGUGGUGUCACCCCUGCUUACCAGAGAAGCCGUAAACCUGCUCAUUAAUUGCGUCACAAGCAAAGAAACGGAAUUAUGGCAUUCACUGGGAGAUGCGUGGCUUAUUCCAAGGGAUCAGUGGAAGGGUUAUGUUGCCCCGUAUCAUCCGGUGUUCUUGGAUGGUUGGUCGCCGGAAUAUCCGGUGGCAGAUGAAAGGGAGCGCAUGUCAUCACCCGUUGGUGCAGGGGGCACGACCGCUGCCGUGGCGGCAGAAGGCAGUCGUUCGCGGGCUGAAGAUGCAGAGCGUGAUGACUCACAUUAUAGCAGUGAUUAUUUUGAAUAUGAGCGCCGUGAGGCAUCACCUGCUGCGGCUGGACGCUAUGCAUAUGACAAUCGGAACUAUGGAACACGACAAGAUGUCUACGGCCGCGAGGAGAGAGACCGUUCACCUAGUCCUGGCGGUUCAGAGCGCGAUUUGCCAGGCGCCCCGCAUGAUCGUGACCCGAGUGCUCGUAGCGACAUCUCUGCAGAUUCAAUUGAACGCAACGGAGGUGCCGUGGGGAUGGAGGGGCAGCAGAGGUUUGAGCGUUCUCAGGCUUCCUUCUUGGAUGAUCUCCGGUCACGAGGCGCAAAAAUAGUACAAGUGACUUAUCCCCGUACGGCCAAUAACGAUAAGGAACUCACGGUGAUUCGUGGGGAAUACCUGGAGGUGGUGGACGACAGCAGAAAGUGGUGGAAAGCUCGGAAUUGGCGAGGUCAGGUGGCUCACGUACCACACACGAUAGUGACACCGUACCAAGGGGGCGAUCCUAAUGAUGUUUUUAGCAACCCUCUGUACGCACCACCCCGUGGCUAUGACAAACAUUACCCAUCCCAAGAUCCAUCACGGGAUGCCACAGAAAUGUCUCGUCCCGCCCGAUCGCCGCCGAUACCGCCGCCCGCACCUGCAGACUGGGUGAGAAAGGAAAGGCUUGGCAAGAAAGAAAAGUAUCGUCAAGAUUCCGACUUAAGUUCAGAUGAAGAUGGACUUCCAACUCCACGGAUGCGUAGGAAUGAUGCAGAUUCAGUCUCUCCUCCGCCCCCUCCACCUCCACCUGCGGACAGUACUCCUGUAAAUCCGCGAUCACGCAGUGGGACUCUCCUUUCCAGAGCUCAUAGUAGCCAGGACCUGCACGAAGAACUGAAGACAGUUUUGACAUUGUUUCGGGACAAGAAACACAAUCUGGAUAUCGUAAAAACUCCAGAGGUAUUUAUCACUCAGACCUCUGAUCCAGCUGAAGUACAGAACUGGCUUCAUGCGAAAGGCUUCAGUGAAAGGCUUCGCAAACAGCUGCAUGGCAUGACGGGAAAUGAGCUUUUAUCUCUGACAAAAUCCCAAUUGGAGAAACACUGCGGCAAAGACGAGGGUCGACGCCUCGACUCGCAGCUUACAGUACAGAGAAAUGUUUCAGGGUACAAAACUGCGCGAUCGUCAGAACUGAGAGCCAUUUUGGCUCGAGCUCGUGAAAAAGCUGAGGAUACGGGGUUAGACGAUGAUUCUAAGAGGCAAUCAGAGAGGGCUCCUGCUUAUGGGCGUCAGAGACCAGCUCUUCAGGGAAUUGAUCGAGGAAAUAAUAAAUAUACGUCGUCAGCAAAUUCAGGUCUGGGUUCCGAAGGUAAUACAUCUGAUGGUUCGGAUGACGAAGACAUUAAUUCCCAUUUUGGUGGACUUCUGAAGGAGCAACUGAGAAAAAUGCAGAAUAAAAACUAAUGUGAUAAGUUUUGCCAGUUAAAGAGUUUAUUGUUAAUAUAUUUACCACAACAUUGUGAUUAUUUUAAUUGGUAAUGACUUGUGUUAUACAAUAAGUAGGAAACAUAAAUAGACGUAA